CUUCCACAUGCAAUUUACAGCCUAUGUAACGGCUAUUAAAAGUAAAAAUCCAGAUUUGGAAAUUGGGUUUUAUUUGAGUGCUAGACUUUUCAUAAAAAAUGUAAAUGAAGGGGCCAAUUCAACUUGGUUUGAUUUUUGUAAGAUGAAUGACGUUUUGGAUUUCUAUGUCAUUGAAUUUGCUACUUUUAAUGAAUGUUGUGAUGAAUUCUUACAUUCUGGAGUUACUCCUCUUGAUUCAACAGAUCCAGCCGUUAUGACAUUAAAUAAAUUUGCAGCUGCUUUAAAACAAUCUACCAUUGCAAAAGACAAAGUUUAUUUUGAAUUUUUAAUAAGCCCAACACCGAAACGUGAAGAAUUAGAAAAUUUGAACCAUUGUGUAUUAUCGUAUAACGAGGUAUAA